AUGGCGGAGGCACAUGGACUUAUGAUUAUGCUGCUUAUUAUCUUGGAGAAACUGUUACUGACAAACUCAAAAGUUUUAUUACCAGAUGCCAACGUCACCUGUAUCAUCCCAGACGACUGCAUCCUGCCCUGUAGCUUCAGACCCACCGGCACUGUGGUGAUCCACUGGUACAAGCAGCAGAUUCCUGUUCACAGCUACUACUACAACAAAGACCAGUUUGGACUGCAGAACAAGCACUUCAGUGGAAGGACUUGUUUGUUCAACUCCCACAUCCCUCAUGGCAAUGCCUCCCUGCUCCUCAGGAGGGUCAAAGUUCAAGACAAAGGCAGGUACAAGUGUUACACGAGCACACGAAAGGGCAACCAGGAGAUGUUUGUCAACCUGGAGGUGAAAGCUCUCAUCCAGUCAGUGAUCAUGGAGAUGUCUGAUGAGAUGGUCACAUGCUCCUCUCACAACAUCUAUCCAGUUCCUCAGGUGACGUGGGCCACAGACCCCCCCUCUGCCCAAGAAGCUCUAGAAAAUUCAACCAUCAAAACCACAGACCACAAGGGUCUGUUCACUGUGGUGAGCACACUGAGGAUUCUGGAUAGUCUGUCCAACUAUACCUACUUCUGCUCUUUUAUAUCAGCUGACAAGACCCAGGUGUGGACUGCGUCUUGGAAAAACCACGAGGGUAUAACACAUGGAGAGGGUCACGCACUGUCCAUCCCAUGCAUCACCCCACACAGUCUUCAGAAUUUCUCACUCACCUGGACCUUCACCUCGUCCAGUGAGCCCACAGUCAUCUUGAGAUAUGACACCAAAACCAAACACACCUUUAACCUGUGGGAGGGCCAAGCUGAACUGGACCAGGACCUGCUUUUUCUGGGAGACGGAUCUCUUCUGCUUCACAAGCCAGACACCGAGGAACACUCUGGGACGUAUACUUGCACCUUUUCAGGCCUGCAAAGCAAACACAUCGUUCAGACCAAAGUAAACAUCACUGUUUCACCAAUAAGUGUGGAUGAGCAGAGUUUGAAGAGGUCAUGGUGGAGCACUGCAGCUUCUGCAGCUUUUUUCUUGUUCACCAUCAUCGUAGCUCUUCCUCAGUGUGUAAGGCAAAGAGCAAAGGAGACCAGAACUGCCUCACACAGACACAAUGGAGCAGGUUUUGUUGAGGGUGGACUUCACAAAGAUCUGAACGCCACAGCUUCAUACAUAAUCGGACAACAUGGAGUUGAAUGCAACAGACUAGAACUACAGUUUGAAGCGCAGGACGAACUGACAGACAGUACGCCAAACACAGCAGAGGACUGUACUGUGGCCUUACCCGCAGGUGCUAAAAUAGAACCAGAAGAAAAACCAGUAGGACUACCUGUGGACUGAAAUGAUGGGCUUCAAUUCAGUGGAUUUGGAAACAUCGAGCCCGGACUUCAUAUGCCAUGAACUUCAUGUUAUUAAAUACGCAGGAACAAAUGAACUACUUUCAACAAAGAGAUGGGAUUCUGUCAAAUUCAUUAAGAACAUCAUCGUCAGUAUACAGUAGCUGUAUUGUAUACCAUAAAACACUAUUAUCAACAAUGAGUGUGAGCUUGUUGUCCUGCCUUUAAAAUAA